AUGGCUGGAACUACUGAAGGUGCACCAAACUCACCUGGUGCAGGAAGCGGUGACUUAUCAAAAACAGAUGUGAUCGAUUACGCGACCAAGAAGAGAGAAUCCUCAACACAGCCAACCGAGACUCGAAAGAAGAGAAAGGUUCAAUUUGAAGAAGUUGCUGAUGCUCAAGAUGAAGAACAAGACGAAAACGAUUCACCACCGAAGAGAGAUCCGGGUGAUGAGUACGACGCCAUGGUUGAGCAUUCAAAGGCCCAAAAUAAAAAGAAUUCGAUUGAUCUGAUGGCUGUUGACAGUAUUUUGAAUGAAGCACCAGAUGCGUCGGAAACUUCAGAUGAUAAGUCAGACGACACGACGGAGGAGAGGUCAGAUGAAGUGGCAGAGGAGAGGUCAGAUGAAGUGGCAGAGAGGUCAGAUGAAAUGGCACAGGGAAUUUCUAAUGUUAUACAGCCUCAGUUAGUGCCUUCUGGUCCCGCCUUCAGCGCGACUCCCCUGGGUCAAAAUCUCGGGUCAAAUCUGAGCCAGAAAAGAAAAAAAAUACCAAGACUUUCUCCUACUCUAGUAAGCGAUGCAUCUGUUUUUGGUCCCUCAAGCAACAUGGAGGAUGAAAAUCGCGAUGCAGGCGACGCAAGAGAAUAUGCCAAUGGCCGGGAAAGGGCAGAAGGAGAAAUUGAAGGUUCAACCAAAGAAGAGCAACCCUCUGUCUCUGACGACCGGGUUCAUGUUUCUGAUGCCAGCACAACCAACGAAUUUAGUGUUACUGGCGAUAUCAAGCCACCACAUGUCCUUGGAGAUAAACAACCAAAUAACCCUGGAGAAUCUAAACAAUCAACCAGUACCAAUGGCUCCUCGGAGCAGAUUAUCCCUGCAUCCAUUCUUGAGAAAGGAAUAAUCAGCUUUUUUUAUCGUCCCAGAGUGGGCCUUAAAGGAGACCCUCAGAGUAUUGACGAUAUUGGACGGAGCUAUUUUACAUUGCGCCCAGUUCUUAGUUCUGAAGAAACAAUUCCCGAAAUUCCCAUGAGGGAUGAUAGUAGUGCAUAUUUAUUGUCGUUAACGAAGAAUAUUUGGCCAAAAAGUGGACAAGAUAAGUCCUUGUGCUUUGUGGAUGGAGUGGAUAUGACUGUUGAAGACUUGAGAACCCGAUUCUUUGGACCACCCCAAAUAUCACGUGCAGAACUUAUCACAGAUGGAGUAUAUGCCAUUCUUUCAACUGGUCGUGAAAGUCAUCUCGCAUAUCACGUCACCAACCUUGAACUCUCCCAACUUCAGAAAGACCUAGGUAUCAAGGCAAAAGGAUCAUUUGUGUGCUUGGUCAAAAACCCAAACGCGUCAAAUCCGACAGUUGUAAAUACUGUUCAUGUAAGAUCAGCAUCGUAUUCAGAUGAGUUACAGAAGAAAUUUGGGGAUUCACAAUGGACACCUUUGGUACCGAAGCACUUGACUUAUGAAUGUACUCAAAUGUUAUUGAUUGGGCAGGGAGAAAGAAAGAAUGAUGAAAAUAAUAAACUAGAGGAAGAAAUGAAUGAAUUGGAACAAGAGGAUUAUGACCCUGUUGAAGCUUUGAAGGAAGAUGAUCCUAUCUAUGCAGAUCUCGAAAUCGACGCAAAGGUACUUGCUGAAAAAAAUGCCCAGUUGGAAUCAAAAGUCUGA